AGAAAAUUGUGAGAGUCUGGAACCAACUCCCCAGUAACAUUGUUGAAGCUGACACCCUGGGAUCCUUCAAGAAACAGAUUCUAAUAAUAAUAAUACUAACAAUCUUUAGUUUUAUAUAGCGCCUUUCAUAGUGGUCCACCAUCACAAAGUGGUGUGUGUGCUAUGCAUCAGCUGCAGAGUCACUUACAACAACGUCUCACCCGAAAGAUGGAGCACAAGGAGGUUAAGUGACUUGCUCAGGGUCACACAAUGAGUCAGUGGCUGAGGUGGGAUUUGAACCGGGGACCUCCUGGUUACAAGCCUGUUUAUUUAACCACUGGACCACACAGCCUCCUAAAAGGAACAAUAAGCUCCUAACAACCAGGUUUGAGGACAAAAUGACUCCUUGCUGAUCAGUCUUGAAGAGAAUGUAUUAUAAAACACUAAACAUACUUAUUUAACGAAAAGAGAACUCUAGUAACUUUCAUCCAUCAUUCUUGAGAUUAGACAGAUACAAUCCUAUAGCACUAUAUUUAAAUAAAUGCAUUUCUUUUUCAGCUGCUACUAAGCAGAAUCCUGUGUGCUGCCAUGGACAGUGUGGAGAUGGAAUCUGUCCAGAUUAAAGAGGAGUUCUCUGAACCUGAACUUGUCCACUUUAGAGCGGAGGUCGCUGGGCUGGCUUCCCUUCCCAUUAAACAGGAGCUCUGUGAGAUGCAAUGUGACAGCAGUCAGCCAGAGGUAUCUGAGAUUAAAGCUGAGCACAGUGAAUUGGAGAUCCCCCAGACAGAAGAACCCCUUCCUGUGAAACAAGAAGAGGUGCUGGAAAUUAACCAUAUUAAACAGGAGCCCCCUGAAGUAGAGUUUGACCACAUGGAACCAGGGAAGGAAGAAUCAGAGGACUUCAAACCAAACAUCCCUGAGCUGGAGAGAAUCUGUGUGAGAGAGCAAGGUGCUUGCAACAGCAUGCAAGGAGGUGGAAAGGAAGACGGUCAGUCACAUUCAGAAUGCAGUCUAGCAGGUUCCAGUCCAGCAGCUAAAGCGAGGGCAGGCGGUGGAGAAUAUCCUGACUGUGGGAAAGGUUUCAUGCAGAUAGGGCAUUUAAACAAAACCCAGCGAACUCACACAGGCGAGAAACCGUAUUGCUGCACUGACUGUGGGAAGAGUUUCGGUCAUUCAAACAGCCUUGUUUUACACCAGCGAAUUCACACAGGCGAGAAACCGUAUCACUGCUCUGACUGUGGGAAGAGUUUCAGUCAGUCAAACAGCCUUGUUUUUCACCAGCGAACUCACACAGGAGAGAAACCGUAUCACUGUUCUGACUGUGGGAAGAGUUUCAGUCGGUCAAACAGCCUUGUUUUACAUGAACGAACUCACACAGGAGAGAAACCAUAUCACUGCUCUGACUGUGGGAAGAGUUUCAGUCAGUCAAACAGCCUUGUUUUACACCAGCGAACUCACACAGGAGAGAAACCGUAUCACUGCUCUGACUGUGGGAAGAGUUACAGUCAGUUAGGAAGCCUAAAAGGACACCAGCGAACUCACACAGGAGAGAAACCGUAUCACUGCUCGGACUGUGGGAAGAGUUUCAGUUGGUCAGACAGCCUUGCUUCACACCAGCGAACUCACACAGGAGAGAAACCGUAUCACUGUUCUGACUGUGGGAAGAGUUUCAGUCGGUCAAACAGCCUUGUUUUACAUGAACGAACUCACACAGGAGAGAAACCGUAUCACUGCUCUGACUGUGGGAAGAGUUACAGUCAGUUAGGAAGCCUAAAAGGACACCAGCAAACUCACACAGGAGAGAAACCGUAUCACUGCUCUGACUGUGGGAAGAGUUUCAGUUGGUCAGACAGCCUUGUUUCACACCAGCGAACUCACACAGGAGAGAAACUGUGUCUCUUAAACAAGCCCUUCCAAAACACCAGUGAAUUCACAGAGGAGAGAAACCUUAAAUACUGAUUUGUGUAUCACUCUUAACUCUUUCUGGUCCAUUUAUUCAGCAUGUAUGUUUUGUGUAUCACUCUUAAGAGCAUGCAUUUGAAAAUGAAAAAAUGCAAAUCCACUCUCUUGCUCUCUGUCAAAGUGGGCGGUGACGCUAACACGUCACAAGAGGCUUCUCUGCUGUCAGUUUAACUCAGGCUGUCAAUGCAGUCAGUGCCUGGGAGUGGGAAUAUGCAGAAAGGAAACUAUUCACACCUCAUCUGAUGGACGAGUCAGGAGAAAUCAAUAACUCAGUGUGGAAAUGAGUUUCAGGAUUUAAUAUUUAAACUUCAUUAACUUGAAAAUAAAUAAAUUGAUCAGAAUGAGUAUCCAGACCCCUGAUGUAGCAUCCCAGAGACGAGACUGCAGUGUCCUUACUGGGCAACCGCCUGGAGGAUGGAUCUUGGAAAUUCAUCACGAUUCAAAAACGAAUGAAAACUGAUAGUGUUGCAUGACUGUAUUAUGACAUGAAUGAGUGAAUAUUGCAUGACGUGUCGCUUUGCAAUGUGCAUUGUCCAUGCUUGUGUUUGUGCUGUCUUUGUAAAGUGCCCCGAGUAAUAGCAGUGCAGCAGGCAUGUGUACGGAUCUUGGGUACAGAAAGUCAUAGCGGUUUCAUCCCUGGCUCUUUCUUGCUCUUUUGCAAUAUCUUGCACUUGGUGACAAAUUCCCAAUGAAAAUGUAGCUGAGCUAUGACUAUUAAUCAGGGUUUGUACGCUAGUCUGGAGUCUGGAAAAAGUAUGGAAAAAUGCAAAACUGAUUUCCAGGGCUUGAAAAUGCUUGAAAAACCACGUCUCCGUUAUGAAAGUCUUGAAAAAGUCUGGAAUUUUACUAGCAUCACGGGAAAAUUAAAAUGAUUCUGCGAUUACUUUUAUUAUUAAUAAUAAUUGAUCUCUAAAGCGGGUCAGCAGCUCUAGCAGUAACUGUCUAGACAGUUUACUAGUAGCAGCUAUGUUGCUUGUGACCAAAUCCCGCGAGGAUUGCCCCGUGUAACACCCCUGACAACGCCCUGACAACUCAAAAGCAAUCCUAUCCAGUCAGCGCACUGGUAUAUGUCACAUGACUCUGUCUGCUCCAGUGAAACGAAGGGUAAAAUGGAGUCUACGACAGCCAAGGCUAUGAUUUUUUAAACACAGUUACAGACUGGAAUUACAAGCUGCUGUACUCUGCUCACCGAGAUUCACAUUGUGUUAUCUUGUUGUUACCUUUAUUAAAUCAUUAAUGUUAUUUCCCAACCCAGGAAAAAAAAAAAAUCGAAUACGAUAGUUAGGGUGUAUUCAAACUGGGUUCAUUUCAAACAUCCUCAGUUCGGUUCGUUUGCUUUGAAGCAGUGUAUCAAUGUGCUAGCUGUUCACACUUGCCUUGUAUACAAACGUACUGAGUUUGUUUGGAAAUUAACUGGGGCUCGUUUUCGUGGUUCACUUCCAUGUUUUCCCAGGACUCAGUUCACUUGUGUUCAUAUUGAAAUAAUCAGGGCAGCAGUGUGGAGAAGUGGUUAUGGCUCUGGACUUUUGACAGGAGGGUUGUGAGUUCAAUUCCAGGUGGUGGACACUGCUGCUGUACCCUUGAGCAAGGUAAUUCACCUAGAUUGCUCCAGUAAAAACCCAACUGUAUAAAUGGGUAAUUGUAUGUAAAAAUAAUGUGUAAAAAAAAAAAUAAUAAUAAUUGUAUGUAAAAAUAAUGUGAUAUCUUGUAACAAUUGUAAGUCGCCCUGGAUAAGAGUGUCUGCUAAGAAAUAAAUAAUAAUAAUAAUAA